AUGGAUAUAUCACAUCCUAACAGUUUUCUGCAGCAGGAAGAGUAUCGGUUAACCACGUUCAGCGAACAUGAGAUAUCUCCCAUCGAUACCACUAUAGUAUACAGGGACAUGCCGUUUGUCGGCUACGAUUGUCUGAGAUACGAAGAAAAGCGAUUAGGAACCUUCAUCGACUGGCCUCAUGAAUGGCUGAAACCGUCAGAAUUGGCGGCCGACGGAUUUUAUUAUCUCAGGAAAGAUGAUCACUGUGCGUGUAUCUUCUGCAGAGGGAUAGUUGGAACCUGGGAAAAAACUGGCACGCCAAGAGGAGAACAUCAACGCCAUUUUCCCAAUGUCCCUAUUAGGGGUCAGCCAACUGGAAAUGUUCCCAUUGUUCAAGGCAAUAUCUUAGCCAGGUUACCGGUACUACAUCCGAGUCUGGACGAUUGCGGUUCGUCAAGACAUAUGGCCGGAUCGUAUCCCGAAUGCAGAGGAUCUCCGGAUGAAACUGGUCUCUACCAGCAUUCUAGACCGAAACGAAGUGAUUUCACGACACUAGAUAGCCGAUUGAAGAGCUAUGUCGAAGGAUGGCCCAUCCUCGGUCUGCAUGCACAAGAUCUUGCCGAAGCUGGAUUUUUCUACUGUGGUCUGAGUGAUCAUGUUCGCUGUUUCCACUGCGGUAAGGGUCUUCGCAAUUGGAUAUCUAGCGACAUACCUUGGAAGGAACACGCUAGAUGGUAUCCUAAAUGCAGAUUUGUCUUAUUGAAGAAAGGCCAGGACUAUAUCAAUGAACGAGUACUGUAUUCGGGUAUCGAUAAGGCUGCUUCCGGUAGCAGUAAUAAUCCAACGGAGGUGCAAUCCGUAUCCGAACAAGAAUUGGAUCUGUUGAUGAGUUUGGAUGUCGUCAAGUGUGUACUGGAAAUGGGAUAUCCUAGUUGUAUAGUCAGGGCCUGCCUUAAAGAUCGGGUUGAACAAACCGGCGAACCGUAUUUCGUUAUAGAGCCUUGCCUUGAAGAUGUUAUACAGAGAAUGAGCGUAACAGAGAAUCGGGUCGCAGAUAAUCGUUCUGAGAGUACAGAGCGUGAGCCGUCAUAUGACGAACAGAUGAAAGAAGAACUCGAACGGAUGCGUGAAGAUCGCACAUGUAAAGUGUGCAUGGACAGUGGAAAUAGCUAUAGUGUUUCUUCCGUGCUCGCAUAUGGUUACGUGCGUUUCCUGUGCUUGAAAGUCGAAGUCAGACCAAAUUGUGAAACCAAUACCAUCGUGAGAGGGAGAAUACAAAGAAACGACGAUCGCGUCGCUAUUGGCGAUGAACCUUUAAAUACUAGCGACAUCUAUAACGGCGGAAAGGCGUAUGUGUAUCAAAGUAGAGCGCUAUAUUCUCACAGCAGCGGUCAUUUGAAAACUGUUAUCAUCGAAAGUAAAGGACGAGGACAAUCAGCGAACGAUACUCUUUCAACUGUUUUAUAUGUAGAUUCCUAUGACAGAAGUCGGUUACCUGAUAUCAUUGAGGACAUUGCGAAAUAUCCUUUGAAAGUUUUUCAGAGCUAUAAUACUGAGAGCAGAUACGGAGACAAGCGUUCUUUGUCACUAACGUGGUUAUUCAAUGUAACCGACAUACAAGACCAAAAGUUCAAGAAGUGUCUGGGUGUCGUAUAUGAUAGCGUAGAUGUAGGCGAUAUGCUACCCAAUACUAGUCUGAGUCAGAAGAGGCAAACCACUCGACUGGUACUAUCGAAAUAUGAACACCGAUACUGUCCCCUUCGAUCAACAUAA